CUCCUCCUUGUUGGCGCAUGAUCCCCCGCCUCGACGUGGACCCGGGCGGCCGCCGUACGUGAGUGAGCGGUCGCAGUGACGCAGAAGCGCUGAACGGGCAGAACAUCUCCACUGUCAAGAUGGCGACAUCGGAGCCGAAAACAACCGAAACUGAAGAUCAACAGACCGACAGCCAAGUCGUCGCGAACCCUGAGCAGUAUAUCAAGCACCCCUUGCAAAACAGAUGGGCCCUGUGGUAUUUCAAAAACGACAAGAGCAAAAGCUGGACAGAGAACCUGCGUCUCAUUUCCAAGUUUGACACAGUGGAGGACUUUUGGGCAUUAUACAACCACAUACAGCAACCAAGCAAACUCGGCUUCGGCUGUGAUUAUUGUUUAUUUAAGGAUGGGAUCAAACCGAUGUGGGAGGACGACAGGAACAAACUCGGGGGUCGAUGGCUGAUGACUCUCAAUAAACAACAGAGACACAAUGACCUUGACCGCUACUGGAUGGAGACGCUCUUGUGUUUAGUCGGUGAGUCAUUUGAUGAGGCAAGUGAAGAUGUGUGUGGAGCUGUGGUCAACGUCAGACCCAAAGGUGACAAAAUAGCCAUCUGGACAAGCAACUGCCAAAACAGGGACGCCAUCAUGACGAUAGGGCAACUUUAUAAAGAGCGUCUGAACAUCCCCAUCAAAGCCAUGAUCGGCUACCAGUCACAUGACGACACAUCCAGCAAGAGCGGAUCCACCACCAAGAACAUGUAUUCUGUUUGAACCCCUCCCUUCCCCUUUCAACUUGCUGUAGAUUUAAACAAUUACCAAACCGCAUCAUUACAAUAAUAAUUUUUGAGUUGUCAACUACUGUAGUGUCUUUUCCUUUUAUUAAAAAAGAGAUUUGUUCAUAGUGUGUACAGUUGGAGUUCCCCCCCACCCAACAUGAGAAAUGAGUGAAACUAGUGAGCUAGAGAAGAUGUCAAACGUGAGCGAGAGAACACAAAUGAUUUGCUUUUAGAGUUGAAGAGUUCUGUGAUUAAUACCAGUGAGCUAAGAACAAGCUUUUUUCAGUACUUAAUGGCUUGGAUUUGCAAAAAGAAAAAAACAAACAAAAAAAACUUGUUACAGCCUUGUGUUUUUUCUCAUGCAGAGUUCUCACUCCUUACAAAAAGUGUUUCUCACCUUACAGGAAAAGAUGGUAGGCAACUUUAUAUCCUCUCACUGAACAAAUUUUAAGGGCAGUUUUAACUUGAUUUAUCCACAAGUGUUAAGCAUGAAGAAUCUACAGUAUCUUAAAGGUGUGUAAAAGACGUGGUCGAACUCCAAAGUGUAGGGUUUGGAUUUAAGGCCACUUGUUGUUUCAGCCAUGCUGGAAUUAUGGAAUAUUGCUUGUAGUACUUUUUGAACUUUUUUUCUUCCCCUUACAUUUAUUUAUAAUGUAUGCAUUGCAGUUGAACUUCUUAGUUGAAAGACAACCAUGAAAUCGUCGUGUUUUUUCAAAUUGUUUUUUUUCUUUUCUCUUUUUUGUUAUUAAGGUUAACGAUGUGGACUACUGCAUAUAGAUGACAUUUUUUACAGUGUACCAUACAGUAAAAAUGCUGACAGAAUUAGGUGUGCUUUUCACUGUCUUUUUCCUAACAAAAACUGUAGAUAAUGUCACACUCCUCUCUUGGUUGAUGCAAAGGAAAAGAUGAUAUUCAUUGUGAAAUGAUUUUGCUCAUAAUGUAUCUUUAUUAUCUGUAAUUCCAGGAUGUAUAUUACCUUCUUUCAAGUAAAGGUUAAGUGCUUUGCAUUAAAA